UUGUAACGAUGAAGUUUACUCUGGUUAUUUUUUUUAAUUUAGUAUCUCUCUCUUGCGCGAUUUCACUUGAAGGAUUGUAUUGUGGAAAAGAAAAUUGCUAUGAAUUACUAAACGUAAACAGAGAUUCUACAAGGCAAGAAAUAUCUCGUAAUUAUCGCCAACUGGCAAAAAAAUAUCAUCCCGAUGUGCAUAGAGGUGGUACAGCAAAACAUGAAGCUGAGGACAUGUUUAAACGAAUCGCUCGUGCGUAUGAAAUUUUGCGAGAAGAAGGAUCGCGGUUGGACUAUAAUUAUAUGUUGGAUAAUCCUAACGAAUAUUACUCUCAUUUUUAUCGUUACUAUCGAAGGCACACUUCAAUUGACGUUCGUAUUGUAAUAUUCGUGUGCAUAUCUAUUGUGUCGGCAGUACAAUAUAUAACACGUAUUCAGAGAUAUGAAGAAGCUAUUAAAUAUUUCAUGACUGUGCCAAAAUAUCGCAACAAGGCUAUUCAAAUGAUGAACGAUGAAGGUUUAAAAAAGAUAUCUACUUGCAAACUUUCACGAUCUGCCCAAAGAGAAGAAUCGGAAAAAAAUAUUCGAAGAGUUAUAGAAGAAAAUCUAGACAUCCAGGGAGCAUACGCAAAACCUCGCAUUACAGAUAUAUUAUGGGUUAAAAUUGUUUUGUUACCGUAUACUGUAUAUAAAAUGCUAAAAUGGAAUAUAGUGUGGAUAUAUAAGUUUAGUAUACUCCGCCAACCAUACGGUAAUGAAGAGAAGUUGUAUCUUAUUAGAAAAAACAUGAGCCUUGGAGUUAAUCAGUUUAGUGCAAUCGACAAUAAGAAAAUUGAGGAAUACAUGCAACAAGAGUUAUGGAUUAAAAGUAAUUUUACUGUCUGGAAAUCAGAACAAGAAGAAGAGGCUAAACGACAAAUGGCAGAUAAUCCACGUUAUAAAGCUUAUAGACGGUAUAUGAAAAAUCGCGGUCCUCAAAGAAUUGCUUUUGAAGAUUGAUCAUUAACUUAUUUUAUUUCGCUCACUUAUUGCUGAUUGCAUGAAAAAUUUUGCAUUAAAAAUUGUGCAAUAGCUUAUAUAAGUGCUAUUUUAGAUUGAAUCGCUUCAGUAUCUUCGGCAAACUUUUUCACUAUAUUCCAAGCAAGAAGUGCGCCGAAGACACUGACACGAUUCAAGCUAAAAUAGCAGUGUUAGGAGCGAUUGCGCACUCUUAAAUGUGAAAUUAUUCUUGCGAUAAGCAAUACUAUCAAAAAAUAUUCCGGGCCAAAGACUCACCAUUGGAAACAAAAACAUAGAAACAGGAAAUCAUUCAUAAAGCUUCGAUAUAUUUGAAAAACCUAGUAGAGUUAGAAGCUACUGCAAAUCUAAAUGAAUUUUAAUGAAUAGCUAAAAAAAACCACAUUUACCUACUAUUGAAAAAGUAAAUUAAUUGUUGAUUACUCGAGCAAUGCUUUACAGCUAAAUAUAUCAAGAUUCUUACAUGUUCUGCUGUUGAAAUCAAAUAGAAAUCAUGUUUUGUCACCAUUUCAAAAUGGAGUAUCAUGUAUCAAAAUUUGCACAAAUUUUAUUGGAAGGGAAUAUAUUGGCAUUUAUUUUGCGAGGCGUGUGACGUCACACUGCGAAUUUUACUUCACGUAUUGUUCGGUAUCAAUGGAUUCAAAUCGUUUGAUGUAAGAGUAUCAAAACAAACCUUUUGCCUCAAGUCAAUUUACAAAACGCCGAAGCUGAAGUAAAUACGAAUUGCAAAUUAUUUUGGAAUGAAUUUUGUCUGUCAAAAUAAAUUCGAUGGUCUAAGCAGCGCAUUACAGAGAGAUAAAAGACGAAACCAAAUCUUUAACGAGAGUGCGCUUUCAUUAGAUGGUUUAGAAUACUCAUCAGUAGUGACAUAUCAUAUCAGGUACGGGUUUUACUGUUUUACACACAAUGAUGUGUUCGAAAAACUAUUAGCG